AUUGAUUACAGGAUCCCUAAUCACGUGCUGAGGAAGCUAGAACCUCACAGCCCGAGGUCCCUUGAAACUUCUGCCUCGUGGGGGCUGCACACACACGCAAAAGCACUGAACACACGAAACAACUGCUGAACAAGUGAACAGUUCUCAUCCACGGGAGAAAAAAGUCACUGCUGAAAUGUUGGUUUUCAUGAAGAGGCUAAGGUCAUCUCAAAAUAUUGCUCUCAACCUCUGCUUUAUAAGUUACUGAAGCCUUACUUUGAGUCCUUUAAGAAAGUCCACUUUGUAUUCUUAGUUUAAAAGAACAUUAUUCUUUAACGGAAAAUGGAUGAAAAUAAAGAUGCUGAUUCAAAAGAAAGUGGAGAAUAUGAAGAUGACUUUGAAAAGGACCUGGAGUGGUUAAUUAAUGAAAAAGAAAAAAGUGAUGCCAGCAUAAUGGAGAUGGCUUGUGGGAAUGAAGGCAAUAUUAAUCAAGAGUUAAAAGAGAAUAAAACAGAAAUAGAACACACCAAACAGCUUUCUGAUCCCGACAAGUCUUUGAAGGAUGAGGCUUCACCAAGAAGAAGUGACUUCAUUUCUGUACCAAGUAUUCAACCUUUGGAUCAAAUAUCAGAUUCAGAUAGUGAGAAUUCUUUCCAGGAAUCCAAACUGGAAAGCCAGAAAGACCUGGAAGAAGAGGAGGAUGAGGAAGUAAGGAGAUAUAUUAUGGAGAAAAUUAUACAAGCCAACAAGCUUCUACAGAAUCAAGAACCUGUGAGUGAUAAAAGGGAGCGAAAACUUAAGUUCAAGGACAAAUUAGUCGAUCUGGAAGUUCCUCCACUGGAUGAAACUGAUACUUACAAAAAUUAUUUUGAAAAUGAAAGUAAUGUGUCUGGAAAACUGUCACAGUUAUGUAUUUCCAGUGAAUUUGGGCAAGAAAAUGUGCUCCUGUCCUUUACUGAUGGAAGUUGUGAAGAAAACAAGGAUAGGAAGAUACUAGUAGAGAGAGACGGAAAGUUUGAACUUUUGAAUUUACAGGAUAUUGAGAGUCAGGGGUUUUUGCCUCCCAUUAAUAGUGCUAAUAGUACAGAAAAUGAAUCUCAGCAGUUAUCACCCAGAUCUUCCAACUCAUCUGUCAAUGGUGUCAAUAAAGAGGAGCCGAUAGCAAGGAUUCAUGGUAUUGCUCACUCAUCAACAGAAGAGCCACUGGCUUAUAUCCCUCAACCACCACCCAACCCCAAGACUCGUCCAAGCUCUGCUGCCAAUGCAGAUCGAAGUAAGAGGAAUGGAAAAGUUAGUCACAGGACACAGUCUGCAAAUGUAUCUCCAGUCACCUCAACAUAUUGUCUUUCUGCUAAACAGAAAGAACUGCAAAAACGGCUACAACAAAAGAGAGAAAAGUUAAAGAGAGAGGAAGAACAACGGAAAAUAGAAGAAGAGAAAGAAAAGAAAAGAGAGAAUGACAUGGUAUUUAAAGCAUGGUUGCAAAGGAAAAGAGAGCAGGUCCUAGACAUGAGAAGAAUUCAGCGAGCUAAGCAAAUUGAGGACAUGAAUAGUAGACAGGAAAACAGAGAUCCACAACAAGCUUUUCAAUUAUGGCUUAAAAAAAAGCACGAAGAGCAGCUGAAAGAAAGAAAGACUGAAGAGCUACGAAAGCAGGAGGAGUGCUUAUUCUUCCUUAAAGGAACAGAAGGCCGGGAAAGGGCCUUUAAACUAUGGCUAAGAAGGAAACAGAUAGAAAAACUAGCAGAGCAAGAAGUUGCCAAAGAAAGAACUAGACAGCUCCGACUAGAAGCAAAGCGUUCUAAGCAGUUACAGUACAACCUAUAUGAUAUGCCAGAAGGCAAAUCUUUUCGUUUUACUGAUCAUUACAACUGAAAGUAUCUAUUAAAUACUUCAUUUGGAAGCUGCUAUCCUCAAAA